AUGCAGAGGAUCUUUGUCAGAGGUAUUGAGCAGGGUUGUACCUGUGACGGGGUUCAGGUGAAGCAGCAGAGGGAGGGAACCAGGAGGGUCCAGAGCCCCACUCCAAGCCCCGACCCCCCCGCCCACACCCCCCCUCCCACAAAAAAAAAAAUAAAAAUAAUAAUAAUAAUAAUCUCCCCCUCACUGGAGAAGAACGGCCGCAAACAAGCCAAUGCUCCUCCCCAGAAAAGUCAACAUGCCUGCCCUCCCAGGAGACAAGCAAGCCCGCCAAACAGGAACCCCCCCGGCAGCGCACCGCCGGCAUGCGCGGGCCCGAGCAGCCCCAACAGAAACAACACCGGAAGGCCGACAUGGACGAACCGACGGCACCAACCAAGCCCCCAGGCGGACUCCCCCACCCAAAAACACAACGAAACCACCCCGCCCCCACCGACCACAGCAAACACAGCCGCAAGGCAAAGCAAAGGACAGAGCAGCACCACCCGGCGCACGCCAGAGAGCCAGAGCAGCAAGGCCGCCCCAGCCUCCAGAAGCCGGCACAAGCAGCAAAAAGAGAGCAGCAGACGCAACCCCACCACUCCCGCCGCGCCCGGCGCGAAAGCAGCACGACCCACCCCGCUCCGGCCCCGCACCACCCACAGGCCGCCGAGAGGAGGACGGCCACGCCGGCCACGGCCCGUCCCCCCCCCCGCGGCCAAACACCGAGCAACCCUCCACUCCCAAACCGCGCACGAUGCACCGCACCACGCGCCACCGGCACCCGCCCCAACAGAGCGAAGCCACACCCCGACCCGGGGGCACUCCAAAGGGACCCCCGACGCCCGCAACCAGCCCACAACAGACACACAUGAACCCCGGCCACAGGCGCGACCACCCACGCACCCCCCCGGAUGA